AUGUACACACAGACACAUGUACGUACAUACACACAAACACACACACACACAGACACAUGUACACACACACAUACAUGUUCAUACACGCAGACACAUGUACAGAUGCAUACACAGACACACACAAAACACACACACACCCCCAUGAAAAAAAGUUGCAGUACUUCGUUGUUCACUCAGAGAUCUGGGUAGUGCACUCUAGGGGGAGGCAGAGAGCACAGCACACACUCCUUGCUUUGUUUUCACUGCGGUCAGCUAUUGAGCAGUCUGACAGCUCCCAGUGCAAAUGACAGAUCCGGCCUGAGCUCCUAGCCUGCUCAGGAAGAAGGCCCUGGGGGAGGCACUCGCCCCCACCAUAAUUUCCACUCACCAUUGGCGAGCAGGCGAGUGGACGUUUCAAGCCCUGAGAUAUGCGACACUUGUGUUGG